AGGGCUGGUGGCCGCGGGCCUGCCGGGCGGUGCGCGAGAUGGACCGGGCCCAGGUGAAGGCCACCGUCGUCCUCUGUGUGGCGGGCCUCUUUUUUUCGCUGCUGAUCACGUGGUGUGUAUGGCGCAUGGGGAAGUGGGCCAUCCGCUGCGUGGUGAUCUACUUCACAGGCCUUCCAUUACUGUUCUUGUACAAGGAGGUUGAGGAGCGGGUCAUCAAUUGGCGAAAGACAGCCAAGGAGUGGACUGCCCCUGUCCAGUCCUGGAUCAAGUGGAAGAAAGGCCGCCUGUGGCUGCGCAGGCUCCUGGGCCUGGUGCUGGUCUGCGUCGCGAUGGCCCUCCUCGGGGUCUACGCCGCCCUGGCGGCUCUCGGCGCGGUGCUGCUCUUCCUCAAGUAUGUCACCUGAGCGGCGC